AUGCCGACAGAGCCGACAGAGCCAACAGAUGGAGCGAAUCACUCUGCAGUGUCAGAGUUUGUGUUCCUGGGACUCACGGAUUUUUGGGAGAUCCAACUUCUCCUCUUUGUGUUCUCCUUCACAUUUUAUGUGGCAAGCAUCAUGGGAAACACUCUCAUUGUGCUCACUGUGAUUCAUGACCCUCACUUACACUCCCCCAUGUACUUUCUGUUGGCCAAUCUCUCCUUCAUUGACCUGGGAGUUUCUUCCGUCACUUCUCCCAAGAUGAUUUAUGAUCUUUUCAGAAAGCGUAAAGUCAUUUCCUUUAGUGGCUGCAUCACUCAAAUCUUCUUCAUCCAUGUCAUUGGUGGUGUGGAGAUGGUGCUGCUCAUAGCCAUGGCCUUUGACAGAUACGUUGCCAUAUGUAAACCUCUCCACUACCUAACCAUCAUGAGCCCAAGAAUGUGCAUUUUCUUUUUAAUGGCUGCCUGGAUGACUGGCCUUAUCCACUCCAUGGUUCAAUUGGCAUUUGUGGUAAAAUUACCCUUCUGUGGUCCUAAUGUUCUGGAUAGCUUUUACUGUGACCUUCCUCGGUUCAUCAAACUUGCCUGCACAGACACCUACCAACUAGAGAUCAUGGUCACAGCUAACAGUGGAUUCAUCUCUGUUGGCUCCUUCUCCAUGCUGAUCAUUUCCUAUAUCAUCAUCAUUUUCACUGUUAAGAAACACUCUUCAGCUGGUUCAUCCAAGGCUCUGUCCACACUGUCAGCUCACAUCACAGUGGUAGUCCUGUUCUUUGGUCCUUUGAUAUUUGUCUAUAUGUGGCCAUCUCCCUCCACACAUCUGGAUAAGUUUUUGGCCAUCUUUGAUGCAGUUCUCACUCCUUUCCUGAAUCCUAUCAUUUACACAUUCAGGAAUCAAGAAAUGAAAGUAGCAAUGGGGAGAGUAUGCAGACAGCUGGUGAAUUACAGGAAGAUCUCUUAA